GAUCAGCAGCAUCAGGCAGAUCUGGACUCCACUCUUCAGCUGCUUGAGAAGACUGUCAUGACCAUAGUGAAGAAGGAAGUGAAGAGAGUCCAAAGGUUCCUCAGUCCAAAUGACCCGAAAUACCUGGAUGAUGUGGAAGAGUUGAAGGUGAAGUGUGAAGAAGAGCAGAUGAGGAGCAGCAGAGAAGCUUUCAUGCAGUUCAUCAUGAACCUUCUGACGAGCAUGAAGGAGGAGGAGCUUGCUGAUAUUCUGUGGUGCAGAAAUCUUGCCGCUGAGUGUUCAGGACGACUGAGGAAGAAGCUGCAGACGAAGUUCCACAGCGUGUCUGAGGGGGUCGCUAAAGCGGGAAACUGUGUCCCUCUGAAUCAGAUCUACACAGAGCUCUACAUCACUGAGGGGGAAACAGACCAGGUCAACCAGGAGCACGAGGUCCGACAGAUCGAAACAGCAACCAGGAAGCAGACCAGACCAGAAACCACCAUCAGACAAGAAGACCUCUUUAAAACCUCUCCUGAGAGAGAGCGACCAAUCAGGAGCCUGCUGACGAAGGGCGUGGCUGGCAUUGGGAAGACCCUCCUGACACAAAAGCUGACUCUGGACUGGGCUGAAGACCAAGCCCACAAGACCUUCCAGCUUGUGUUUCCUUUCACCGUCAGGGAGCUGAACCUGCUGAAAGAGAAGAAGUUGAGUUUGCUGGAACUUGUUCAUCUUUUCUUUCCUGAAGCCAAAGAAUCAGGAUUCAGCAGCUUUGAAGGAGUCCAGGUUCUGUUCAUCUUGGACGGUCUGGACGAGUGUCGACUCCCUCUGGACUUCAACAGUCGGAUCUUGACAGAAGCUACGGAGUCCACCUCAGUAGACGUCCUGCUGACCAACCUCAUCAAGGGGAAUCUGCUUCCCUCAGCUCACCUCUGGAUCACCACACGACCUGCAGCAGCCAAUCAGAUCCCUCCUGAGUGUGUGGACAUGGUAACAGAGGUCAGAGGGUUCACUGACCUCCAGAAGGAGGAGUACUUCAGGAAGAGGUUCAGAGAUGAGGAGAUGACCACCAUCAUCUCUCACAUCAGGAGCUCACGAAGCCUCUACAUCAUGUGCCACAUCCCCAUCUUCUGCUGGAUCACUGCCACAGUUCUGGAGGACAUGUUGAAGAGCAGAGAGACCGCAGAGCUGCCCAAGACCCUGACUGAGAUGUACAUCCACUUCCUGGUGGUCCAGGCCAAAGUCAAGAAGCUCAAGUACCAUGGAGGAGCUGGGACAGACACAGUUUGGGAUCCUGAGAGCAGGAACGUGAUUGAGUCUCUGGGAAAACUGGCUUUUGAGCAGCUGCAGAGAGGAAACUUGAUCUUCUAUGAAUCAGACCUCACAGAGUGUGGCAUCGACGUCACAGCUGCUGCAGUUUACUCAGGAGUCUUCACACAGAUCUUCAGAGAGGAGAGAGGACUGUACCAGGACAAGGUCUUCUGCUUCAUCCACCUGAGUCUUCAGGAGUUUCUGGCUGCGCUUCAUGUCCACCUGGAGUUCUUUAACUCAGGAGUCAAUCAGCUUGAGUCACGACGUACAUCUUCACGGUUUAGAAACAAACAUAAACAGUUCUACCAUCGAGCAAUGAAUGAGGCUGUAGAAAGUCCAAAUGGACAUCUGGACUUGUUCCUGCGCUUCCUCCUGGGUCUUUCUCUGCAGACCAGCCAGAGUCUCUUUAAGGGUUUGUUACCACAGACAGGAAGUAGCUCCUGGAGCCAUCAGGACACAGCAGAGCUCAUCAAGAAGAAGAUAAGUGAGAAUGUGUCUCCAGGGAGAAUCAUCAACCUGUUCCACUGUCUGAGUGAAGUGAAGGACACUUCUCUCGUGGCAGAAGUGCAGCAGCAGCUGAGAUCAGGACGGCUCUCGACAAAUCAGUUCUCUCCUGCUCAGUGGUCCACCCUGGCCUUCAUCUUACUGUCCUCAGAGGAAGACCUGGACGUGUUCGACCUGAAGAAAUACUCUGCUUCAGAGAAGGAUCUCGGCAGGCUGCUGCCUGUGGUCCAAGCAUCAAGACGAGUUCUGUCUCUGUCAGAGAGGAGUGGUUCCCUUCUGUCCUCAGUCCUCAGCUCUCCGUCCUCUAGUCUGACACAACUGGAACUGAGUAUCAAUAACCUGAAGGAUGUAGGAGUGGAGCUGCUGUCUGCUGGACUGAAGAGUCCACACUGUCGCCUGGAGACUCUCAGUCUAUCUCGUUGUGACAUCUCUGAGCGAGGCUGUGCUUCUCUGGCCUCAGCUCUGACCUCAAACCCCUCCCAUCUGAGACAGCUGGACCUGAGCUUCAAUCAUGCAGGAGGACCAGGACUUGAGCUGCUGUCUGCAGAACUGAAGAGUCUCAGAGAAGAUCUGUUCUUCCACCAUGAUCACGACUUCUGGACCCAGAUGCUGCACGUCCACGGCUCCUACUCCAACAAGACUGAGGAUCAGAAUUACCUCAACCAUCCCGGCGGAUUUGUGUCCUCAACUCAGCUGGGAGCUUCACAUACAAACAUGGACACAAGUCGUCAGAGCGGAGCAGAGCUGCUGACAGGUGUGGAUGGAGAGGAGGAAGCGCCUACCUCUCAGGCCCAUCUGACUGAGGACCAUGACAGCCUGACCGGAGCUCAGAGAAAGCAACUCACAUCAGCGGCUGCUGGACAAGAACUUGGUCCUGGACCUGCUCCCAGCCGUCAGUCUCUGAAGAGUGACGUGUCAAUGGGAAGAGGAAUUAACUUCAGAGGUCAACAGGAGGGUGUUGAUGACAGGAACUAUCAGGUGAAACCAGGAGACUCUGAGCUCAGCUGUGUGUCUCUGGAGAGUUACAUGUCCAAGGAUCUUCCUCCUGAUAUCCAAGGUGGACAUGAGUCUUCAGAAGAGAGGGAGGAUCAGCAGCAUCAGACAGAUCUGGACUCCACUCUUCAGCUGCUUGAGAAGACUGUCAUAACCAUAGUGAAGAAGGAAGUGAAGAGAGUCCAAAGGUUCCUCAGUCCAAAUGACCCGAGAUACCUGGAUGAUGUGGAAGAGUUGAAGGUGAAGUGUGAAGAAGAGCAGAUGAGGAGCAGCAGAGAAGCUUUCAUGCAGUUCAUCAUGAACCUUCUGACGAGCAUGAAGGAGGAGGAGCUUGCUGAUGUUCUGUGGCACAGAAGUUGUGCUGCAAAGUGUGCAGGACGACUGAAGAGGAGGCUGCAGACGAAGUUCCACAGCGUGUCUGAGGGGGUCGCUAAAGCAGGAAACUCUGUCCCUCUGAAUCAGAUCUACACAGAGCUCUACAUCACUGAGGGGGAAACAGACCAGGUCAACCAGGAGCACGAGGUCCGACAGAUCGAAACAGCAACCAGGAAGCAGACCAGACCAGAAACCACCAUCAAACAAGAAGACCUCUUUAAAACCUCUCCUGAGAGAGAGCGACCAAUCAGGAGCCUGCUGACGAAGGGCGUGGCUGGCAUUGGGAAGACCCUCCUGACACAGAAGCUGACUCUGGACUGGGCUGAAGACCAAGCCCACAAGAACUUCCAGCUUGUGUUUCCUUUCACCUUCAGGGAGCUGAACCUGCUGAAAGAGAAGAAGUUGAGUUUGCUGGAACUUGUUCAUCUUUUCUUUCCUGAAGCCAAAGAAUCAGGAUUCAGCAGCUUUGAAGGAGUCCAGGUUCUGUUCAUCUUGGACGGUCUGGACGAGUGUCGACUCCCUCUGGACUUCAACAGUCGGAUCUUGACAGAAGCUACGGAGUCCACCUCAGUAGACGUCCUGCUGACCAACCUCAUCAAGGGGAAGCUGCUUCCAUCGGCUCACCUCUGGAUCACCACACGACCUGCAGCAGCCAAUCAGAUCCCUCCUGAGUGUGUGGACAUGGUAACAGAGGUCAGAGGGUUCACUGACCUCCAGAAGGAGGAGUACUUCAGGAAGAGGUUCAGAGAUGAGGAGAUGACCACCAUCAUCUCUCACAUCAGGAGCUCACGAAGCCUCUACAUCAUGUGCCACAUCCCCAUCUUCUGCUGGAUCACUGCCACAGUUCUGGAGGACAUGUUGAAGAGCAGAGAGACCGCAGAGCUGCCCAAGACCCUGACUGAGAUGUACAUCCACUUCCUGGUGGUCCAGGCCAAAGUCAAGAAGCUCAAGUACCAUGGAGGAGCUGGGACAGACACAGUUUGGGAUCCUGAGAGCAGGAACGUGAUUGAGUCUCUGGGAAAACUGGCUUUUGAGCAGCUGCAGAGAGGAAACUUGAUCUUCUAUGAAUCAGACCUCACAGAGUGUGGCAUCGACGUCACAGCUGCUGCAGUUUACUCAGGAGUCUUCACACAGAUCUUCAGAGAGGAGAGAGGACUGUACCAGGACAAGGUCUUCUGCUUCAUCCACCUGAGUCUUCAGGAGUUCCUAGCUGCGCUUCAUGUCCACCUGGAGUUCUUUAACUCUGGAGUCAAUCUGCUCGAGUCACAACAAACAUAUUCGCUGUUGAGAAGAUUCAGAAACAGACAGUUCUAUCAGAGUGCGAUGACUGAAGCUAUCAAAAGUCCAAAUGGACAUCUGGACUUGUUCCUGCGCUUCCUCCUGGGUCUUUCUCUGCAGACCAGCCAGAGUCUCCUUCCAGGUUUGUUGCGACAGACAGGAAGUAGCUCCUGGAGCCAUCAGGACACAGCAGAGCUCAUCAAGAAGAAGAUAAGUGAGAACGAGUCUCCAGAGAGAAUCAUCAACCUGUUCCACUGUCUGAGUGAAGUGAAGGACACUUCCCUAGUGGCGGAGGUGCAGCAGCAGCUGAGAUCAGGACGGCUCUCAAAUCAGUUCUCUCCUGCUCAGUGGUCCACCCUGGCCUUCAUCUUACUGUCCUCAGAGGAAGACCUGGAUGUGUUUGACCUUAAGAAAUACUCUGCUUCAGAGAAGGCUCUUGUGAGGCUGCUGCUGGUGGUCCAAGCUUCAAAACAAGUUCUGUUGAGCUCAUGUCAUCUGUCAGAGAGGAGUGGUUCCCUUCUGUCCUCAGUCCUCAGCUCUCCGUCCUCUAGUUUGACAGAACUGGACCUGAGCUUCAACGACCUGCAGGAUCCAGGAGUGGAGCUGCUGUCUGCUGGACUGAAGAGUCCACACUGUCGCCUGGAGACUCUCAGGCUGUGCUCAUGUCAUCUGUCAGAGAGGAGUGGUUCCCUUCUGUCCUCAGUCCUCAACUUUCUGUCCUCUAGUCUGACACAACUGGACCUGAGCUCCAACGACCUGCAGGAUGCAGGAGUGGAGAUGCUGUCUGUUGGACUGGAAAGUCCAUACUGUCACCUGGAGACUCUCAGGCUCAUCUCAUGUCAUCUGUCAGAGAGAAGUGGUUCCCUUCUGUCCUCAGUCCUCAACUCUCCGUCCUCUCGUCUGACACAACUGGACCUGAGCUACAACAACCUGAAGGAUCCAGGAGUGGAGCUGCUGUCUGCUGGACUGAAGAGUCCACACUGUCAUCUGGAGACUCUCAGACUGAGAGAGUGUCACCUGUCAGAGAGAAGUGGACAACCUCUGUCCUCAGUCCUCAGAUCCCCAUCCUCUAGUCUGACUCACCUGGAUCUGAGCCUCAACAACCUGUUUGAUCCAGGAGUGGAGCUGCUGUCUGCUGGACUGAAGAGUCCACACUGUCAGCUGGAGACUCUCAGUCUGAUGCAGUGUAACAUCUCUGAGAGAGGCUGUUCUGCUCUGGCCUCGGCUCUGACCUCAAACCCCUCCCGUCUGAGGGAGCUGGACCUGAGGUACAACCAUCCAGGAGGACCAGGACUGGACCUGCUGUCUGCAGAACUGGAGAGUCAAGACUGGAAGCUGGAGCUUCUCAGGCUGGAGUACUGUGGACCUCAGUGGCUGAAGAAGUACUUCCCUCCGCUCCUAGUGGACCCAGUCGCAUCACAUCGGCGCCUCCUACUCCAACAUCACGGGGCAUCAGGAUAAUCUGGACCACCCGGGCAGAUUUUGGUCCUCAGGUGACGGGCAGUUCCUGGAAUUAGGACUUGGUCCCUGGUUCUUCGGAGUGCGCGUGUAUCACUCUCUGUUCUUCUAUGAAAUGCUUGAUGCCCCCUUCCUUUGGUUGAGUAGCAUGCAUUCAACCCACAUUCUCAGACCAGUCCUUGUUCUUCACCGUGGACAAGUGACAUGACAGUCUUGAACCAUAAGCUGAUCUGUUUAUUUCAGUAAACCUUAAAUAUGUGACUGAAUGACGUCCACUGCAUCUGUGUGAUGACACUGAUGUUUUGCUUGUGUGCUUGAGAGAGAGAGACUAGAGGGCGCUACAAUUUUAUUGGCAACGAUAUUGUGACGUCAUAAGACGUGUUGAAUGACACACAGUUUCAAAUGAAUAAGACAACAGGCGCCGUGCCUGAGCAGUCACCAGGCAGAAGAACUGCGACGCAUUCCUGAGUGAGGAGGGAAACAAAAGAAACAUCAAUAUAGAGUGGAAGCCUUUUCUCACAGCAGAUUAGACGCGUUAUCGCAACGCGGUGCCGCUGCUUUAACUUUUUGUGCAGAGACGACAAAAGGCUCAUGUCAGAGAGAAGUUCACACCAGGUAUUUUCGUAACUCGGGAAACAAAACGUUAUCCAUAUAGUUUCACAGACUUAAUGAGAUGUCUGUCACAAGCUGAAAACUUUUCUUGUUUGUAUCCGUUCAUCGGACGUUAUCUACUGCUACCACAAGUGAUAUUUGAGUGGGAAACUUGUCUGAGUGGCCGGUAUCUCCACAGUCCCCGUGUCAUGCUAAAGAACGGUUCCGUAAGAUGGGCCGUGGUCUUGUUCCCUGUCACCCUCGAUUAGUUUCUCAGUGAAUCUCAGCAUCUGCUGGCACUGAGUAGAUCAUCAUGUUCUUGCCUUCCAAGCUUGCGCCUCUCUGCUCAGCCUUAGCCAAUGCUUUCUUCAUUUCUUCAACUUGUUUCACGUGGUUCCAUUGCUUUCACUCCGAACCUUUAAUUCCAGGAUUUCAAUCUCAUUUGUCUUUCUUUUGUGACUCUUCCAGAUCGGCAGUUUCCUUGUUAUUGACUCUUAACUUGAUCUUUCCUUGUCGCCAUAUUUGAUUCUAUUCUUUGCAAAAGGUCUUGUGAUGAGCACAUUUUUAUUUUUAGCGAUGUACUUUGUACUUAUCUUACGGGUAGUGUGGCCGAGCGGUCUAAGGCGCUGGAUUUAGGCUCCAGUCUCUGUUGAGGCGUGGGUUCAAAUCCCACCACUGCCAUGUGUUUUUCACAGCCCCUUUGAUCAUUGUCAAGAAUGAUACUUGAAAAUGUUGUAUUUCUAAAUGGCCUUUGGAAGUAUGACUGAGAGAAUUACUAUUUGAGUCAUGGGUUCAUUUCCUUUUCCGACAAUAGGUACAAUAAACACCUCUCUCGCUG